AUGGCCUACGCUGCUGCGGUGUACGUGCAGCAGAACCACCCUAACGUUAGUGUUGUCUUUGGUGUUGGGGAGGAGGCUCUGAAAGAAGAGUUUGCUGCUGCAGGUAUCGAACUCAUCUUCACGCCAGAAGACACACAGCAGCAGCAGCAGCAGCAGCAGCAGCAGCAGCAGCAGCAGCAGCAGCAGCAUACGGGCACUAAGGAGACGUCCCCAGAGGCUGGCGGCGCUGCAGAAGGGAGAGGCGCGACAAACGGCACGCAGCAGCAGCAGCAACAGCAACAGCUGCAGCAGCAGCAGCAGCAGCAGCAGCAAGUGGCAGCAGACUGUGGAGGAGGCCAUUUCUUUGGGGAUCGACUCGAUCCCCGUGUGGGGUUGGUAGUUGUGGGGUGGGAUCGCCAAUUUAACUAUCGCAAAAUGACUUUGGCGUGUCUCUACCUGCAGCAAAAAAGAUAUAAAACCCAGCAGCAGCAGCAGCAGCAGCAGCAGCAGCAGCAGCAGCAGCAGCAGCAGCAGGAGGAAGACUGGGAGUUGCUGCCCUUCUUAGCAACAAAUCGAGACCCCUACAACACAAUUGGAGGCAUGAGGCAUCCAGCUAAUGGAGCUCAGCUAGCUGCUUUAGACUAG